CUGACUCUUAGGCUUUUGUUGGGUUCUCGUCGUCUCAUCCUCCCUCUCUCCUUAGUGCUGGCAGUGCAGAGCGGUUCAGAUGGUGGAUGUCUUACAGGCAACGGUGCAGGAGAUUUUGAAUGAGAUCUCCCGGCUCGAAAAGGGCCAAGCGGCAGGGACUGAGGACUAUGUCCAGUUGCUUUCGGAUGUGGAGCGAAAAGCGCCGCUGCUGGGCAGGCGCACCGUGCCCUUGGAGCUGCUGAAGCAUCUGGAUGAGGGUGGCUCGUUGGAAAGCUGGUGUCGUGACCAGGCGAAGCGGUACGUCGAGACUCUGAAGGAGAAGCAGGAACGUGGCAAGCCACUGAAGUGCCUGACCAGGUCAUUACAACAACAGGGCAGAGACCUCAAUGGGUUGAGGUUGGGGCUUGGCUUCUUUGUCCUCCCUCUCCUCGCACUCGUCGAGCCAAGCGCAGCAAGCGCAGCAAGUGCAGGUUGACGCGCCGCAGACAAAGCGCAGGCGCACCGCAGCGCCUGACUCGCGGA